CGUUCUGUCACCAAGCAGACGCCAUAUUUGUUUGUAGCAAGCUGGUUGUAGCUGUCACUUUUGCCGCUUAUAUCUGGCUUGUAAUUUGAGGUUCUGAAAUCUAAAUAUUGUUAAAUAAUCAGCCCUCCAAAAUGACUAUCGGAAAGAAUAAUAAAAUGCAGCAGCAUAUAAACUACAGAGUUCGAGUAAUACUUCAAGACUCUCGAACAUUUAUUGGAACAUUCAAGGCCUUUGACAAACAUAUGAAUCUUAUAUUGGGAGACUGUGAAGAAUUUAGAAAAAUCAAAUCCAAAACGAAGGCUGCUGACAGAGAGGAGAAGAGGACUUUAGGAUUCGUAUUACUCCGUGGUGAAAAUAUAGUUUCGCUUACAAUCGAAGGACCACCUCCUCCAGAAGAAGGUUUACCUCGCGUACCCCUGCCUGGCGCUAUGGGCGGCCCGGGCGGCGGCCGUGCGGCCGGGCGCGGCGCGGGCCCCGGGGGCGCGCCGCCGGGUCUGCAGGGGCCCGCUCGUGGAGUCGGAGGCCCGUCGCAUCAACAUAUGGCUCCAGGAGGCCGUGGGCAGUUGUCUGCUCCUCCUCAGAUGCGUGGUGGUCCCAUGAUGGGAGGCCCUCCUCCAGGCAUGAUGGGGGCUCCCCCUGGCAUGGGUCGUGGGGGUCCUGGAGGUAGAGGCCCUCCAAUGAGAGGCAGAUAUUAGUGAGUGCAGUGAUUUGUGAUUGAUUACGAGCUUUAUGCUAGUAUGUUAUUAUUAUGUCAACAGACAUUAGUGUGUGUUUAUAACAAACUACACUUUCUUUUCCCAAAUAGUGUUCCAUGAAAUAGUUUCUCAUGAGAGUACAAGAUUGGUAAGGAUACAUGAAUUGAUUUGAGUAAUCAAAAUUUAACUGUACUUCAUAAGAAAUAAAUAAUUAAAUCUUA